UCAGGUGACAUCCUCGGCCGGGCUCUGAAGAACCUGGAUGGAUUGCUGCAGAUGCCGUAUGGAUGUGGGGAGCAGAACAUGGCUCUCCUGGCCCCCAACAUCUACAUCCUCCACUACCUGAAAGGCACACAGCAGCUCACCACAGCCAUCAUGGAAAAAGCUACUAACUUCCUCACCAGUGGAUACCAAAGACAGCUCAACUACAAAAGUGACGAUGGUGCUUACACCACAUUUGGAAGAGGACCAGGAAACACUUGGCUGACUGCGUUUGUGGUAAGAAGUUUUGCCAAAGCUCAGUCUUUCAUCUUUAUUGAUCCCAGAAAGAUCGAAGAGUCUAAGUCCUGGCUGCAACGUAAACAACAAGAAAAUGGCUGUUUUGAAAAGUCUGGGAAACUCUUCAACAACGGAAUGAAGGGUGGUGUAUCUGAUGAAGUGACUCUCAGUGCGUACGUUACUGCUGCCUUCUUGGAAAUGAAUACAUCCCAACAUGAUCCUGUGAUGAACAAGAGCCUGGCUUGUCUCAAGGAGUCUCUCAGUGACCUGAGCAACACCUACACUACAGCUCUGCUGGCCUAUGUGUUCACUCUGGCAGGAGACGUGGAGACCCGAGCUCACCUUCUGCAGCACUUAGACACAGUUGCAGUGAGGGAAGGAGGUUUCCUCUACUGGUCUCAGACAGCAGCAGAAACAUCAGCCUCCCUGUCAGUGGAGAUCAGUUCUUAUGUGCUGUUGGCCAAACUCAGCGCCUCGACUGCUGAGGAUCUGGGAUAUGCCUCUGGUAUUAUCAGGUGGCUGACUGGGCAGCAGAACUAUUACGGAGGCUUCUCCUCCACUCAGGACACGGUGGUGGCUCUUCAGGCUCUGGCUCUCUACUCCACUCUGGUGUUCAGUCCUGAAGGUUGGAGCACAGUGACAGUUCAGGCUCCCAGCAGUCAGCUGACAUUUGAUGUAAAUCAGAGCAACAAACUUCUCUACCAGGAGGAGGCGCUGCAGGACGUGUCAGGAAAAUACAGCCUGGAGGUGAAGGGCACUGCAUGUGCUUCAGUGCAGAUUUCUGCCACCUACAACAUCCCAACACCUGCUGAUGUCACCACUCUCAGUGUGAAAGUCCAACUAGAGGUCAACACCACCAGUGAAUCUGCUAGACCCAAAUUCACUGUGCAAAUACAAUCGCUGUACAGUGGAAAGGAGAAAACUACAAACAUGGUGAUCCUGGACAUCAAAAUGCUCUCUGGAUUUUCCCCAGACCCCGAGUCUUUGAAGAGUCUCAAACAUGGCCUCCUGGUGAGUCGUGUUGAACAAAAGGAGGAUCAUGUUCUGGUGUACUUAGAGGAGUUACCAAAGGACACGCCCAUCAACCACAGCUUAGACAUCAUCCAGGAGCUCCCAGUGGACAACCUGAAGCCAGCCGUGGUCAAGAUCUAUGACUACUACCAACCAGGUGACCAGGCUGAGACCCAAUACAUGUUUGUCUCGUGAGCUGCAGUUUGAAGAAGGUGUGGCUGGUCCUGAGGUUUCAACCUGCAUUUGAAUAAAGAUACUUUUUCUGCUCA